CGCUCACUGCACAACAAGGGUCCCUUUUGUGGGAGGCAUCAUCAAACUCACAUGGUAAAUCGGAGAUAUUUGCGGGGCUGUAGGCAGAACUCUCAAACAAGGGCACACAGGGGCGAGGAGCUCUACACUGGCACUGACCUGCCAUGGAGAACGGCAAACAUGAAGACCAAGACAACGACAUGGAGGAGGUGGCCUUGCAGAUUGCUAAGCUGCAGACCGUGGUGUUAGAGCUGAAGACUGGCCUGAUGGGGGCGAUACAGGACCUUUCCAGCCUCAAGCUGAGGGACGGCAGUCUCGAGGAGAGGGUGAGGAGCUACCGCAGCGACAUGGACGAGAAGAUACUGGGCGUAAAGAACACGUUAAACACCUUCAAGGAGGACCUGACUGCUGCCAUGGCUCAUAUGAAGGAGGUCAACGGUAGGAGCAUGGAGAUGCAGCGGGGCGUGGAGCUGUUCCAGGUGGAGGUGGGCAGGGAGCUCCUCUCCGCUCAGCAGAGGAGAGCCUCCAGGGAUGACGUCCAGGCCGACAGCCUUCAGUGGCCCCUUGGACAGCCGGAACACAGCUUCCCCCAUCACUACCUCGCCUGCCUCCCGAACGGUUCUUCCCAGAUAAAUCCUUCAUCUGUCCCUGGAAAGGGUGUUUCUCUAAGCCACGCCCACAAAGACAACCACAGUUAUACCACGUUGGUUCCAGGCACCGGCAGCCCGCAACAGGACGUGGGCAGUCCUCGGGCCCAGGGGGGCGCGUCCCUGUCACCGGUGUGGGGAGAAAACAGGGACGGUAAAGGUGCCACCGAUGGACAGGACACCCAGGAGAACGGUGCGAGGUGGAUGACCGCCUUGGAGCUGUUGGAGUCAGAGAGGCUGUACGUCUCCUACCUGUCUGUGCUGCUCAAGGCCAACAUCACAUUCAACGGCACGGAGGCCCUUCAUGUGAAGGACAAGCGACCUUUCCCCAGCUCCCUACGCUUCCUCAUCCAGCAGCACCUGGAUCUACUGCACGUCCUCCAGGAACGUGUGCUGAAGUGUCAGUGGCAAAGCAUCAUGGGAGAUGUGUUCAUGAGGCUGACCAGCACAGAGAGUGAUUUCUUAGAUCGCUACGUGGCCUACCUGAAGGAACUGCCCGAGUGCCUGUCUGCAGUGAGUCUGUACAGCGCCACCUCCCUCAAAGCCACCACACUCUUUGAGGGUGACCUCACUGGAGAUGAAAAUCAACCCCCACUCCAAGCCUUGCUCCUCCUACCUGUGCAGCGUGUCCCAGAAUACCUCAUCUUUCUUCAGAACCUGUUAAAGCAGACAGACUCCAAGCACCCAGACCACUACCUGCUGCAGGUUUGCAUACAGAGGUUCAGGACCUUCAUAGGCCAGUACAGCAACCUGCUCCAGCACAACGAGGGGCUCCUCACACAGAACCAGAAGGAGCGGCGAGGCCCCAACUCAAUGGAGGAAUAUAACUCCAAGUAUCUGUGGUCAGCCAUGAAACCGCACAUCAAGACAGCGGACUGUGUUAUCCAGGCAGAGGAGUCAGUCUCCCCCAGUGGUGCCUUGCCGCACUACACCAGCCAGGCAAAGAGAAGCAAGCAGAAGCUGUUGGAGCAGAUGCAACAUAAGCGAUUCCAGGACUGGGCGGCUGGGCAGCAGCGCCCUGAAUCCCCUGAGGGCUCCUUGCCGGUCUUGUUCUUUGCCCCGGAUGCAGACCCCCAGCUCAACUGUUCUGCUCUUCAUGGCGUCCUGGAAACAGAACGGAAGUGCCCCAACACGGAUCCGAUACCCUGUAAGCGUGGACUGCCAGGCUCGGCCCUGGCUGAUGCCAGAGGCCAGUUUCUCAUGUCAGGCGGGACGCCAAACCCGGAGGGGUUCUUUGAGGAAGGACACUCCAUCCACAAUGCCCCGCUCUUCGAUAACUGCUCCAGCGCCUCCUCCAACUCUAGUGUAGACAUCACCUUCGUUCGCUGCCCAAAGAACCGCAGCCAGGAGCCAUAUGCCGGCCGGGGGGUCCAGGACGGAAGCCACAGGUACCCUGGCCGGGGCUGUGCUUCGCCGGAUCAGGUUGACAUGUCACGCCAUCGCUCCCUACAGGCCGUACAGUGCAAGAGCAAGUCGCUGAACGGGUUGCAGCUGGACAGUUUCAUCAUUGCCGACGGCAGGGGCGACUCUGUUGAUCUCUCCCCCAAAAGCCACAGCCCACAGAGCAGUCACCAGCACGCCAAACUGGAGCACCAAUCCAGCAAAGGCUUCGCCAGCCGUAAGCUCCAGAGAAGUGUCAGCCCCCUGCAGAAACUGGAGGUCGACAGCCGGACCGUGACAGAGGAAGAGCCUUGCAGAGAUCACGACAAGGACUGUGGGGCCCAACCCUCCUGGACGGAGGAGUCCAGAUGGACAGGCAGCAUGGAGGAGAGUGGCCAGGCUGUCUUCAGUGAGAGGAGCCGGAAGCAGGACCAGAAAGGUGGCUUCAGAAGCUCCUUCAAGAAGCUCUUUAAAAAAAAGUCUGGCAGUGACAGCAAGGACAUGGCUGCUAAGUCAGAGUCCCAGGCUCACAGCGACCACGAGGCCACACAGACACCCAGGGUUGCACGUCUAGGAGACAUUGACAGAGGAACAGCAGUGUGACACCACAGUGCCACCUGCAGGUGAAUCUGUAUUUGUGUGCAACAAACCCUGGCCAUUGUGGCUUAAAGUGAGGAAAAACAAGUGCCAGUACUCCUCUUGUCAUUGAGUACCAGGUGCCAGUACUCCUCUUGUCAUUGAGUAUCAGGAGCCAUUACUCCCCUUGUCAUCGAGUACCAGGUGCUGGUACUCCCCAGUACUCUGAAGAGAAAACCCAAGAGGUGCUGGUACCACUGAGUAUCAGCCCACUUCGAGCACCGCACAUACAAGAAAUACAGCCAUACAUCAUCUUUGGUACUGAUUAUAGCUGGAUGAGAAAUACAAUCAAACUUCUUUUGCCAUUUUGUGUAAUGUUUUCAAGGAGAGCUUAUUGAUGCCGCAACAUCAAUAGUUUAAUGACAAGGUGAGAUCAAGGAAAAUGUCACAGGCUUGGACCCAGUGUACAUGUUGCACUAAAUCAGUUUUUAAUUGCAGAUUUAAAAGCCUGAAAAUACAAUCAUGGAAUUUGUUGGCUUUCUACAGUUCAAGUAGCUUGUGUUUUAACAACUUGAGGAUAUUUGAUUAGUUGCACUCUAAGCUUCUCCUGCCCGGUGUCGAGGUCGUCUCUUCACACUAUGAACACCGCGGUCAGAGUGACGUCUGUUCUCUCUGUACCAAACAGAAUACUGUUACCACCCGGUAAACACAUUUGUGGUUUGAAGGGAGAGAAACACACAGGGUCAAAGGUCAACGACACAGACGUGACCAACUCUCUCCGUCAAGCAGAAAGGAAAGGACUGAGCCAGCUAAAGGGAGGGGGAGCAAACUCACACAAGUCAGAUACGCACAUUUCCACUAAACAUUUACAGUCCUCCCUUAUCUCAAGGCUUCAUUCCUAUCAGAGAAUCUGGAAGCUAUGACGAUUUCUUAUUAAGUGCUAACGAGGCCUAGCAAUCCAGGGAAAACUGAAGAUGACCCCACCCCUUGAAAUAAUCCUUUGAUAAAAGCCCCAAAUACGAACAUGAAAUAAAAAGCAGAUUUGAUUGGCUAAUGUGUGAGCCCAGCCACCAGCCUGAAACAGCAGCACUUCAUAGUCCCUCUUCCAACGCCGAAAGAAAAAUCACUUUGAUUUAAGCUUCAGAAGCAUCCAAAUGGGAGCAGCCAAUGCUUUCCUAGCUAUUAUGUAUGGAUGGAAUUGUCGUCUUUACUACAUAGGUAUUUAUGUGUAGGGCAUCUAACAUGUAAUGCUUACUUCAGCUUUUUUCACUUUUCACAAGGUGUGCGCUCCACGCAUUUGUAUGUAGAUUGUUUUUGGCUUUAAAAGGUGCGGAAAUAAAUAAUUCAGAAUGUUAUUAGCUUAA